AUGGGAUAUUGCCACAGGAAAACGCUGGAAAGCCUUUUGAUGAAUAAAAAUCGGAAGCUGGUUAAAUCACUGGCUUUCUCACCCGAUGUCAAAAGUCAACUCUUGGUUUCUGGUCACGAUGAUGGAACUAUCAGAAUUUGGAACUUUGGCACAAGUCAAAUUACGGAAUCAGAUGGAAAGACUGGGGCCAACCAUGCAGACCGUGUGAGCACCAACUGCCCGGAACAGCCAACCAGUCAAGCAGUGAAGCCUCUCACGGAUCAGGGAAAGGAGGUCGAACCGUCAUCAGCGCCUGCAUCUUGCCCCGAAACCAUUCAAAAUCAACACUUUAAGGAGAUCCAGCACAUGAAGCAACAGCAUAAGAUCCUUGAAAAUGAGAAUUAUCAACUCAGCAAGCAAGUGGACUCACUUAAAUCGGAAAAAGAAUUGCUGCAGAAAGAACUCGAAACCUUAAAAGCGCAAGACAAAGAGUUGGAAGCCCCGAAACAAAAAGCUAAAGAUGAAAGGGAAAGGCGCAGCCAGGCCUGGUGGUGUUCCAUUCUGUAA